CUCCCCUUGAGAAGCGCCUUCCGGAAGAGUUAGGCGAAGGGCGGGCCACGCUGGUGCGGGAACCCUCAGGAUUGGCCGACAGGAUUGACUCCGCCUACCCCCGCCUGGGUGCUCGGAGUCUUGAGACGCUGGGGAUUGGUUCCCCGCGGAUAGCCAAAGAAGCCAAGAGGUGAUCCCGCCUCCCUGGCAUAGCCUGGAGAGGGAGCUCCGCGGAUUGGUCCGGAGAGUCUGCACGCACGCCUCCAGGCGCUCCAGGAUUGGCUAAGAGGGUGCUCACGCCGCCGAGGAGCGUUGACGAUGAUUGGUCGGAGGGUGCGGCCGGCUAUUUGAAGGAGGCGCGGGGAGGGUAUACGCAGUUCAGUCCGCGGACCGAGACGGGCGGCGGGCUCCGUGGGCAACGCUGUCCCGCUGGUCCUACAGGAUCCAGACGUGGGCUCGGACAAAGCCUCGGCUUCAGUCGCGGCCCGGCCCGGCGAGGCGAUGGCCAAGGUAUCGGUGCUGAACGUGGCGGUGCUGGAGAAUCCGAGCCCUUUCCACAGCCCUUUCCGGUUCGAGAUCAGCUUCGAGUGCAAUGAGGCUCUGGCGGACGACUUAGAGUGGAAGAUAAUUUAUGUUGGCUCAGCUGAGAGUGAGGAGUUUGACCAAAUCCUAGACUCAGUGCUGGUUGGCCCCAUUCCAGCAGGGAGACACAUGUUCAUCUUUCAGGCCGAUGCUCCCAACCCAUCCCUCAUCCCUGAGAGCGACGCCAUUGGUGUGACCGUGGUCCUCAUCACCUGCACCUACCAUGGGCAGGAGUUCAUUCGUGUGGGCUACUACGUCAACAAUGAGUACCUCGACCCCGAGUUGCGGGAGAACCCACCCCCAAAGCCAGACUUCUCUCAGCUCCAACGGAACAUCUUGGCCUCGAAUCCCCGAGUGACCCGUUUCCACAUCAACUGGGACAACAACACGGACAGGCUGGAGACCAUAGAGAACCAGGACCCUGCCCUAAGCUGCAGCCUCCCCAUCAACUGUACCCCUGUCAAGGGCUUGGGGCUCCCUGGCUGCAUCCCUGGACUCCUCCCCGAGAACUCCAUGGACUGCAUCUAACUGAGGUCUUAACCGGGGGACUCCAGGCCCUACCUGGGCCCAGCUAGGACUAUGGCCAGUCUCCCAACACAUCUGGAGGGGGCAUCUGAAAGACUUUGGGGCCAUCAAUUAUAUUCAGGCCUAUCAAACUUAUCCCUGAGGAAAGAAUGGACCUCAGGUCUCUCUCAACCUCAGCUCAGAAAGAUUAUCUCACCUUUACUGCCCAGGCCUAUAAAAAGCAGGUAGUUUAAGUUAAUUCUCUAACUUGCGUCCUUUCUCUUCCACACACAAGCCAAUAUGUCACCACGCUCCCAUAGAAAUGCCAUUGAACCAGAGCUCUUCCCACAGACCUCCCUGGCCUUCCUUGAGGCUUUCUUGGUCCAUGGUCCCAGCCCUGCAGAGCUAAAGGCUCUGUCAUUCCCCAUCCCAAACAUUUGAGUAGAUCCACCCAGCUUUCUGGAGCCACAAGAAAUCUGAGUUAGAAGGUAGACUCGGACACAAUUUCUGUCCUUUCCCCAGAACAAUUUUUAGGUCUUUUCAAUCCAGCAGCCCCUGGAAAACUCUGUUCACAAAAGUGUGAUCAGCUGGAUGCUGAGGAAUGAUGGUUGAUUCUCCUCUCAGUCACAACCACCUUCUUGUUACCUCCUCAUUGGAUCUGGAUUUCCCUGGAGGCUGCCACUGUGGGAGCAGCCGACCAGGCCCUGUUUUGACAUCAGGGCCUCUGGCUGCUUUUGCCUUCUGCUAAGACCUCAUGUUCCCACAGGCUGCAGAGUGAUUACAGGCAUGGGAAACGGUAGGGGCCCUGAAACCACCUUCCCCUGCCAUACUCUGCCACGUGCCCCGUCCCUUUGCUGCUUCGUGGAUGCUGUUGAGUGUUAAAAGGUUUUUGUAUUAAAUGUGUUUGGUUGAUCUAAAAAUGCAUUUCA